AUGCAACCCAACACCCACACUCCCACUUCCCCCAUCCCAACCCAACAAUCAAUUCUUUUUAGUUUUUACCAUCACCACAGUAAUUUUACUUUUUUACCGUGGCGGCCAGGUCCUAUAUAUACCCUUCCCGCUUCCCUUUCAUCCUCAUUCAUUUCAUUUCAUUUCAUUUCAUUUCCUUCUUCUCCCAAAGCGAUUAAGAGCUCCCUCUCUGCCCCGUCCAUCUUACCUCUUCUGUUUCUCUUGCUGCCGCCGGCCGCCGGAGUCUCAGACAGCGGGAAAGACCGACCGGCAGCAGAGCUACUUUCACUAUCCGAUAUACACAAAGGAGCAAACACCAUGCAACAUACAGGAGCCUUCGUCUUUGGCAUUCUAGGUAAUGUCAUAUCAUUUAUGGUCUUCCUGGCUCCUGUGCCGACGUUCUGGCAGAUACACAAGAAGAAGACGAGCGAGGGCUACAAAUCGCUGCCCUAUCUGACGGCACUCUUCAGCUCCAUGCUCUGGCUCUACUACGCCCUCCUCAAGAAGCAAGACGCUCUCCUCCUCAUGACCAUCAAUGCCUUCGGCUGCGUCAUCGAGACCAUCUACACCGCCCUCUUCAUCGCCUACGCACCCAAGAAAACUCGGGUGCCGACUAUAAUGUUAUUUCUCGGAUUAAACGUGGUGUUGUUCUCGACGGUGCUUCUGGUUAUACAAUUCGUGGUGAAGGAAGACUACAAGGUGAACGUUCUCGGUUGGAUUUGCGUCGGUUUUGCCGUCAGCGUCUUCGCCGCACCUUUGAGUGUCAUGGCAACGGUGAUCAAGACGCGAAGUGUGGAGUUCAUGCCAUUCUCCCUUUCCUUCUUCCUGACGUUGAGCGCGGUUGUGUGGUUUGGGUACGGUGUAUUCAUCCACGAUCUUCGUGUCGCUUGCCCGAACGUUUUGGGCUUCGUGUUUGGGCUGGCCCAGAUGACGCUGUACGCGGUUUACAGAAACGCCCACAUCGCCGACGAGAAGAGGGAGAAAGAAAAGCAGUUUGAGCUAGAGCAGCAGAAGGACAAGUUGCCGGUGAAGAUGAAGAGCAUUCACCGGAGGAGCGGCUUGGGUACGCCUGAGGUUCACCCGGUCGACGGUCACAGCAACGACGACGACGACAGCGACGACGAAGUUCGAGGAAAAGGUAACAAUAACGGCGGUGGAGGGAGGAAGGAUCAAGAUGACUCUCCGGUUUGAAGUUUGCAAGUCGACAACAAAACAGCUUCAUCACCAUCAUCAAUUGUUCUAAGAUAAAUGCGAAAAUUACUUACUCUUUUUAUCUCUUAAUUUUCUUGGCUUCUGUUUUCCUAUUCUAAAGAAGAAGCUAAUGAUCGUCGCUUUGUACCUCUAUUUCUUUUUCUUCUUUUUGGUAAUUUUGGUACUUUGUUUUCUUUUUUAAUGUAAUAUGGGGGGAAACAAUGAAGUAUAUAUAAUCUUUGCAGAUCUAUGGAUACUUUUUGUUUCGAUUUUCAUUGAUUAUUUGGCUUUUCCUCUCAUCAUCAUUCACAACCCUAUCUAUCUGCUUUGAAAUCCUAUGUUUUGUUGGCUUUGUUUCAAUUAUCUAUCCAUUCAAGUCACGUAAUCGUAAUUUUUGUGAUAUGUAAAGUACUAUGAUA